CCGGCCGCGGGGUUCCUCCCGCGGAGUUGGCCUCGGGGCCGGUCCUCUAUGCUGGCCCCCGCCCGGCCGGCGGUCGGUGAGCCCUGAGAGCCGCCCGCAUGUACAGCAUGAUGAUGGAAGCGGACUUGCACUCGCCCGGCGGCGUCCAGGGGCCCACGGCCCUAUCGGGCCCGCCGGGGCCGGGGGGCGGCGGCGGAGGAGGAGGCGGCGGCGGCGGAGGAGGAGGAGGAGGAGGGGGCGGCCCGAAGGCCAGCCAGGACCGGGUCAAGCGGCCCAUGAACGCCUUCAUGGUCUGGUCCCGCGGCCAGCGGCGCAAGAUGGCCCAGGAGAACCCCAAGAUGCACAACUCGGAGAUCAGCAAGCGGCUGGGGGCCGAGUGGAAGGUCAUGUCGGAGGCGGAGAAGCGGCCCUUCAUCGACGAGGCCAAGCGGCUGCGGGCGCUGCACAUGAAGGAGCAUCCGGAUUACAAAUACCGGCCGCGGCGGAAGACCAAGACCCUGCUGAAGAAGGACAAGUACUCGCUGGCCGGGGGGCUGCUGGCCGCGGGGGGCGGCGGGGGCGGCGGAGGCCCGCGGCUGGACAGUCCCGGCCCCGCGGUGGGCGGCGGCGGCGGCGGCGGGGCGGCGGCGGCGGGCGGCGGGACUUACGCGCACGUCAACGGCUGGGCCAACGGCGCCUACCCGGGCUCGGUGGCGGCGGCGAUGAUGCAGGAGGCCCAGCUGGCCUACAGCCAGCCGCCCCCGCCGCCGCCGCCGCCGCCCCCUCCGCCGCCCCCUCCCCCGCCGCCCCCGGUGCACCGCUACGACAUGGGCGCGCUGCAGUACAGCCCCCUCCCCAGCUCGCAGGGCUACCUGGGCGGGUAGCCGCCGGGCUACGGGGGGCUGCCUUACGGUCCCGCCGCCGCCGCCGCCGCCGCCGCCGCUGCCGCCGCCGCCGCCGCCGCCGCCGCCUCCUCGUCCGGGGGUCCUCACCAGUCCGCCGCCGCCGCCGCCUCCGGGGCCCUGGGCGCCCUGGGCUCGCUGGUCAAGGCGGAGCCCAGCGUCAGCCCCCCCGGGGCCGCCGCCGCCGCCCACGGCCGCGCCCCCUGCCCGGGCGACCUGCGGGAGAUGAUCAGCAUGUACUUGCCCGCGGGCGACGCCAACGACCCGGCGGCCGCGGCCGCGGUGGCGGCGGUGGCCGCGGCCCAGGGCCGCCUCCACCCGCUGCCGCAACACUACCAGUCCGCCGGGCCCGGCGUCAACGGCACCGUGCCCCUCACUCACAUCUAACCCGGCGGGGGCGGGGGGGGACCGCAUCCGCAUCCGUCCCUUCCGCGUCCAUCCGGCGCUCACCGGGUGCACAGCACUGGACUGAGCGCUCGGGAAAGCGCCAACCGCCGACGGAUAAGAGACGGUCCCCGACGCGGGCUCGGGGGCUCUCCCCCCCAACGCCCGGCCCCGGGACUUGGGGUUUUGUUUUGUUUUUUUGUACAGAAUCGUUUCCCUGUUCUCCUAAAAACAACGAAAAAGGACGCGUUGACUCGCCAAGGGCCGGCGACUCCCUCCACCCCCUCCGGAAAAAAACCCCAACCAACGAAAAAAAGGUCAAGGUCGCGGCCCGCUACCUUUUCAGACGCUCCCGGGGACUCGCUCUUCAACCCGGUUUGGCGUUGGAGACUCCGCUGGGGCGUUUUCUCGAGACUUUUUUUUUUUGGUUUUUGUUUUUGUUUUGUACAGUAUUUAUCGUUCGCGGAGGAGGCAGGGGGCGUUUUUAAUCUGCCAAAAGAGGAAAACAGACAAAGAUACGGGCGAUGCCAACUUUUAUAGAACCGCUGGAGUCCUCACUUUCACCCUAGCGUCGCUUCUUUUGUGGCUUUUUAGUUUCCCUCUUUCUCUCUCUCUCUGUUUUUUUUUUUUUUUACGGCCGAAUUAAGACAGGGUGACGGGGACCGUCCCCCCGCGGAACAAAAGUAGCCAAGAAAAUCCAAAUCACGGAAAACUUUAACUUUUUGUGGCCGGCGGGGGUGGCGGGGCUCGGUUGGGUGCUUUGCCUCUCUCUCUCUCUCUUUCUCUCUCUGGCGACAUCCUCUUCUGGGUUUUGUGUCCCUUUUCUGUAUCUGGAAUUUUUCCCUUUUUUUUCCGUUUUGUUUUGUACGAUUUCUUGUAAAUGCAUCGUGAGAAUCUUGAUUUUUUUAGGCGUCGCGAGGGGAAUUCGGAUCGUGUACAUAGUUGACUUAAAACCCUUUCCGCUCAAACUACGACCCCCCCCCCCCAACCCCUACGGAUGAGUUGAAUUUUGAGUUGAAUAAAUUUCCGAGUGAAAACA